CAAUGAGGCUGAUGCACAUGAGAUUAUAAGGACAGCACGUUGGUUGCUGCGAGGAAAAGGCCCGAAAGGGCAGCAGCGAACUGGUUGAGGUUUCGUUGACCGGAAUUUGUAACUCCUAGGUACAAUCAUGAAUAGGUUAUUUGACUUCGGGUUCAAGACCAAGGAGCUUUGGCGCUCGGAGGAAAUGGGGCUGGUGCGCUUGCUAAUUCCUGCCGAGAGCGCGCAUGAGACCGUGGUUGCACUCGGAGAGGAGGUGGGGCUUCUCCAGUUUAAGGACCUGAACACGGACAAGAGCGCCUUUCAGCGGACGUUUGCCAAUCAGGUGAAGCGCUGCGACGAGAUGGCGCGCCGGCUUCGCUUCUUCGCCGACCAGGUGGCCAAAGAAGGCAUCACGCCGGCCGCGCAUGUCACCACGCACUCCUCGGCAUCCUCAGGCAGCGGCGGAGCCCAUCCGACGCAAGAGCUCGAUGAAUUGGAGUCUCGACUUGAGGAGUUAGAGAGGGAGCUGCUGUCGCUGAACGAGAGCACUGAGCGCCUGGACCGCACCUAUUACGAACUUGUGGAGCUGGAGGUGGUGUUGGAGCAUGCGGCCCGGCUGUUUGAGAAGAGUGGCGGGGCGGUGGGCAGGGUGCGCGCCUCCGAGUCCACGCAGGACGUGGCGGCGGCGGCGGCGGCGGCGGGCGGCAGCGCGGGGGCCCCCUCGGCGCCAUUGCUGCUGGAGCUGGGGGGUCAGGUGGACAAGGUGUCUCGUGUGGGGUUCGUGGCGGGCACACUGGCCAGUGACAAGGUGCCGGCCUUUGAGCGGCUGCUGUUCCGGGCCACAAGAGGAAACGUGUUCCUUCGACAGGGCUCUGUCGGCACGGUUCGGGAUCCGGUCAGCAAUGAGACGGUGGCCAAACACGUGUUUGUCGUCUUCUUUGCGGGCGACCGCUCCCGCAUCAAGAUCAUGAAGAUCUGCGAGGCCUUCGGCGCCAACCGCUACCCCUUCCCCGACGACGAGGCCCGGCAGCGCAGCAUGCGGGUGGAGGUGGCGGGCCGCGUGCGUGAGCUGCAGACUACGGUGGAGGCGGGCGCGAGGCACCGCAGGGCGCUGCUGCAAACCCUGGCCGCCAGCCUGGAGGCGUGGAGCACACAGGUCCGGCGGGAGAAGGCCGUGUACCACACACUCAACAAGAUGAACGUCGACGUGACUUCCAAGGUGCUGGUGGCUGAGGCCUGGGUGCCGCUGGCGGCGCAGGGCGAGGUGGCGCGGGCGCUGAGGCACAGCGCCGCCAGCAGCAGCACACAGCUGCACGUGGUGAUGCAGUCGGUGUCCAGCCCCGACACGCCGCCCACCUACUUCCGCACCUCCCGCUUCAGCGCCGCGUUCCAGGGCAUUGUGGAGGCAUACGGUGUGGCGCGCUACCGCGAGGUCAACCCCGCCGUUCUGACGCUCAUGACCUUCCCCUUCCUGUUCGCGGUCAUGUUUGGCGACUUUGGCCACGCCAUCAUCAUGAUCGCAUUUGCGGCGGUGCUGGUCUGGAAGGAGAAGGAGCUGGGGAGGCAGACCCUGGGUGACAUUCUGCAAAUGCUUUACGGCGGUCGCUACAUUAUCCUAAUGAUGGGCAUCUACUCCUUUUACCUCGGCCUCAUCUACAAUGAGUUCUUUUCCAUGCCGGUCAUCAUCUUCGGCCGCACCAAAUUCAAAUGUUUCCAUGCCGAUGGAUCCGAGAUCCUGAACGACGCCGGACAGCCCAUCACCAACAGCAUCGACCCGCGGGACUGCAGCAUGGUGUACGGCGGCGUCCUCAAGAUGCCCCCGGGCAGUGCGCCGGUGGUGUUUGGAAUGGACCCCAUCUGGCACGGCCGCAAGACGGAGCUGUCGUACUUCAACUCGAUCAAGAUGAAAAUGUCCAUCCUGUUAGGUGUGACGCACAUGAACUUCGGCAUCCUCAACUCGCUCUACAACAACCUGUUCUUCAGAGACUACCUGUCCAUCUGGGCCGAGUUCGUGCCGCAGAUGAUCUUCCUGAACUCCAUCUUUGGCUACCUGUGUGUCCUGAUCGUGAUCAAGUGGUGCACCGGCAAGCUGACAGAUCUGUAUCACGUCAUGAUCUACAUGUUCCUGUCGCCAGGCGGCGGCUUUGAUGACCCCUCGCAAAUCCUGAUCGCCGGCCAGCCGGGUCUGCAGGUGUUCCUGCUGCUGGUGGCCUUCGUGGCGGUGCCCUGGAUGCUGCUGCCCAAGCCGCUCAUCCUCAAGAAGAGGCACGACGCGCUGCAGGCGGCGGCGGCACACGCGGACGGCGGUGGCGGCGGCGGUGUGGAGCUGACGGCCACCUACGGCGCGCUGCUGUCGGGCGACGAGGAGGACAGCGCCGGCCUGACCCGACCCGGAGGAGCAGGAGGAGGCAGACGAGGAGGAGGAGGGGGUGCGGUGGCACACGGCGGCGGUGGCGGUGAUGGGCACGGCGGUGACGGACACGGCGGCCGCUUUGACUUUGGCGAGAUCAUGGUGCACCAGAUGAUCCACACGAUCGAGUUCGUCCUCAACGCUGUGUCCAACACCGCCUCUUACCUGCGCCUGUGGGCGCUGUCUCUCGCGCACUCCCAACUCGCCGGCGUGUUCUACGACCGAGUUCUCAUGGCGGCAAUAGCUUCCGGAAACAUAGCCGCCAUGAUCAUCGGCUUCUUCGUGUUUGCCUGCGCCACGCUAGGCGUGCUGAUGGUGAUGGAGAGCCUGAGCGCAUUCCUGCACGCCCUGCGCCUGCACUGGGUGGAGUACCAAGGCAAGUUCUACAAGGGUGACGGCUACAAGUUCAUGCCCUUCAACUUCGCAAACCUGAAGCAGCUGGAGGAUGCCGGGGCGCUCUGAGGGGCUAACAGGAGGUUGGUCGGUGAAGCCUACCGUACCGUGAUUCGUUUGUGGUGGUCUUGGUUGGUGAUUUUUGCUGUUGCGGUGUUCUUCUGCGCCCUGUGGUGUUGGCGCGAAGUGUCCUGGGGUGUUAGGCGGCGGCAACAAAUGUGUGCGUGUUGCAACUUGGCUUCGGUUGUUGGUGGCGUGGCGUGUGUGUGUGGGCGGCGCUGGGACGAGGGACGCUCGGGCUCCGGCCGCCUGUCGGGGCGGGGCGCGUUCCAGACCCUCUAGGUAGCGUGGCCUCAUGCUGGCAUUGGAUGUAGGCAGGAGGCUGCGUCGGGUCAUCGUGGCCUCGUGGGUCAUAUCACAGCGUGGGGACGCGUGGUUGGUGGGUAAGGGCUGCCCUGCGUGCCGUGAACCUCAUCGUAUUCUAGCCUUCCAGGCGUUCCAACAUGUAGGCCCACAAUGCGAUGAAACUCCCGCCAAGCCCAACUAGGGCUGCCGCGCUGUCUAAGCGGGUGGGCGAAGGCACCAUAAUAUGUGUUGUGCCGUUGAGUGGAACGUGUUCUCGGGGUGGUGAGUAGAUGUGGAGGCGGUUGGCAGGGCCCGGGCGGGGCUCAUCACAGUCAAGUUCUCAUGGCGGCAAUAGCUUCCGGAAACAUAGCCGCCAUGAUCAUCGGCUUCUUCGUGUUUGCCUGCGGCACGCUAGGCGUGCUGAUGGUGAUGGAGAGCCUGAGCGCAUUCCUGCACGCCCUGCGCCUGCACUGGGUGGAGUACCAAGGCAAGUUCUACAAGGGUGACGGCUACAAGUUCAUGCCCUUCAACUUCGCAAACCUGAAGCAGCUGGAGGAUGCCGGGGCGCUCUGAGGGGCUAACAGGAGGUUGGUCGGUGAAGCCUACCGUACCGUGAUUCGUUUGUGGUGGUCUUGGUUGGUGAUUUUUGCUGUUGCGGUGUUCUUCUGCGCCCUGUGGUGUUGGCGCGAAGUGUCCUGGGGUGUUAGGCGGCGGCAACAAAUGUGUGCGUGUUGCAACUUGGCUUCGGUUGUUGGUGGCGUGGCGUGUGUGUGUGGGCGGCGCUGGGACAGGGACGCUCGGGCUCCGGCCGCCUGUCGGGGCGGGGCGCGUUCCAGACCCUCUAGGUAGCGUGGCCUCAUGCUGGCAUUGGAUGUAGGCAGGAGGCUGCGUCGGGUCAUCGUGGCCUCGUGGGUCAUAUCACAGCGUGGGGACGCGUGGUUGGUGGGUAAGGGCUGCCCUGCGUGCCGUGAACCUCAUCGUAUUCUAGCCUUCCAGGCGUUCCAACAUGUAGGCCCACAAUGCGAUGAAACUCCCGCCAAGCCCAACUAGGGCUGCCGCGCUGUCUAAGCGGGUGGGCGAAGGCACCAUAAUAUGUGUUGUGCCGUUGAGUGGAACGUGUUCUCGGGGUGGUGAGUAGAUGUGGAGGCGGUUGGCAGGGCCCGGGCGGGGCUCAUCACAGUCAAGGUAUGGCGCACGCCGCCACACGGCCACCCAUCGCGCUGUCAUUUGCGGCGCCGUCGCCGGGGAGGCUGGGAGUCAGAGCGCGUGAUAGGUAGGCGGCUGAGUGUGGCGUCGGGUCGUUACUCGAGUGGUGGCACGCCGGUGGGAAAGCGCGUGCGUCCCAGUAACAGUGGUAGGCGGUACUGUUAAAAGUGGUACCUGGUAACUCCACUGCUCUGUAACAACACUUCUUG